AUGGCGAUAGAUCCAGACAGCGGUCUGGCCCAGGACAUCCGUUACUCUUUGGUCUCUGACCCGGCAAAUUGGCUGCUUUUGGAUUCACAGACUGGAAAGAUAUGGACCACCUACACCAUGGACCCGAAGUCCCCGUUCCUGCAGGGAGGGUGGUACACGGCACUGAUCAGAGCCACCGACAAUGCCCUUCCCCCGCUGAGUGGCACGGGGACGCUCUCGGUGGAGGUGGUGGAGCUGAAUGACCACGCUCCGCUAUUACAGCAGCUUUCCGUGGAGCUGUGCAGUGACCCGCGUCUGGGCCGGGGCGCCCUACUGAGUGCCACCGAUGAAGAUCUGCCACCCCAAGCCCACCCCUUCCACUUCCAGCUGGAUGAGUCCUCCAGGGUGUGGACCCUCAACUGGAGCGUCAGCGACCUCAAUGGUACCCACGCCAUGCUGGAACUGCUGAGCGAGGUGGAGCCCGGCCUCUACCCGCUGCCCUUGUUGGUGUCGGACUCUGGAGAUCCACCCCUGGCACAGCUACAUGUGCUGAAUGUGACCGCGUGCCAGUGUGACUCGGUGGGCAUCUGUAGU